GCUGCUUUCCACCCCUCGCCCCGCCCCUCCCUCCCACGCUCACUUGUUUGCUCUUCACUUUCCCUUCUCUCCUCUUCAUCCGUUCCCUCUUCCUGCUACUUCCUGCUUGGUUUCACCUCGCCCAUCGGCCGUGCUCAGCCAUGAGCAUCUCUGUGAAUGGCCAGUCCUGCGUCCCCCCGGGCUUCCGCUUUCACCCCACCGAGGAGGAGCUGCUCAACUACUACCUGCGGAAGAAGGUCACCUCCGAGAAGAUCGACCUGGACGUUAUCCGCGACGUCGAUCUCAACAAGCUCGAGCCCUGGGACAUCCAAGAGAAGUGCAGGAUCGGUUCGACUCCGCAGAACGACUGGUACUUCUUCAGCCACAAGGACAAGAAGUACCCGACGGGGACUCGAACCAACCGAGCCACGGCCGCUGGGUUCUGGAAAGCCACCGGCCGUGACAAGGUCAUCUACUCCAGCGUCAAGCGUAUCGGGAUGAGGAAGACGCUCGUGUUCUACAAAGGUCGCGCCCCUCACGGCCAGAAGUCGGAUUGGAUCAUGCACGAGUACCGGCUCGAUGACCACUCCGACCUCCUCUCUCAAUCCAACACCUCGAGCGCCAUGGGAGAAGCGACAAACCAGGAAGACGGGUGGGUGGUCUGCCGGGUGUUCAAGAAGAAGAACCACCACAAGAGCAUCGGCAGCCCGAACAACUCCUGCUCCGUCACCAGCGACGCCAAGACCCAGCUGCUGCACCACCCGGGCAGCGGCGACGACGCAUUGGACCAAAUCCUCCAGUACAUGGGCAGAUCGUGCAAGCGGGAAAGCCAUGGGACGAGCAUCAACGACGUGAACCCGAACAACGCCAACCGGCAUCUCAGGCCGAUCGAAACCGUCUUCGCUUGCGGCCUGCAGGAGAUGUUCAUGAAGCUGCCGGGUCUCCAGAGCCCGUCCGUCCCGUCGCUCCCCGAUACCUUCCCUCUCGACCACUCUUGCGACAACCAAACAAGCUACGGCUCGUCGGCGGUGCUGCACGCGGGCGCGAGCUCGGGCAAUGGCUACUGUGCGGAUCCAGCCGUCGGGGACUGGGCUGCAUUCGACCGCCUACUCGCCUCGCAACUCAACGGCCCAUUCGAGGAGCCGAAGCCGCUGCCCUGCUGCGACGACCCCUGCUUCACCUUCCACUCGUCCGCCGGUUACCACCAUGGCGGCGGCGGCGGCGGCGGCGGCAGUGGCGACGGCGAUCUCUGGAGCAUGACGCGGACGACUUCGUCCCAGUCGGACCGCAUCAGCCACGUGUCUAUGUAAGAGAACGGCGGCAUUGACUCCGCCGCUGACACAAACUAGCGAGCGACAGGGCAUGCGGACGGACACUACACUGUCGCUCCCAGCACUCAGUAUACAUUAAAUAAGGAGAGGAAACGUCCUAUUGUAUAAUUUGGGAUGCGGUGGUACGUAAGUGGCGAUGUUGCCGUUAGGAUAGAGAAGAGCAGAAGGUUUGGAGUGCGUAGUAUGGGCGUGGGUGUGGUGUACGUGCUCCUCCUGAGUUAACCUUUUCAAAGAGAAGAACGCAUGAUGA